CGUAACUCACAGUCUGAUACUCCGAUUGACUCCUUUAUCCCAUCCAAAACCCUAACCUAACAUUUACUCGAUCUAAAAUAUCAAAAUUGUCCAUCUGGGGAGCUUUCACUCUGUUUCUGAGGAGCAUCCUCCAUGGAAAUUGAAGGCCCUUGGAUUGGCUCGCUCAAACAUCCUUCAGAGGAGGCUCGCUCGGGCCAUGAGUGAAUUUGCAAUUGCCGACGAAUUUGCUCGCUCGCGAAAUGUUGCCCUGCGACUUGGGAUUCGUUGAUAGAACGAUCUUCUUCAACAAAAUUGAGAGAUGGCUAAAAGAAUCGCAGCGUUCAGCAGAACGCCUUGUUUAUGCAUCACUUUUUGAAAGAUUUGCUGAGAGUCAAAUGCCUAAGAAGGAAGGGGGAUCGGGGACCAGUUGGCUGUGCCUAAGAAGGAAGGGGGAUUGGGGAUCAAAUGCCUCAGGACAUGGAAUGUAGCAUGGACAACUCGCCACAUCUGGAACCUACUUACUAAAGGAGGGUCCUGGUGCGGAGCUUGGAUAUAUCUUUAUAGAAUAAAGGAGAGAUCUUUCAGGGAGUUAACUGCAGGAAGCACUUGUUCCUGGGUUUGGAAGCAGAUUCUCAAAGACAAGGAUAAAUUGGAAGCUUUCAUUAACUGCUGGGGGACUCGGGUAUUCUGGGAUAACCAAAGGAUGCUCAAUUAUUCUGUUAAAAAAAGUUUGGGAGACUCUCCAGCCUUCAAGGCAGGCUGUUGCCUGGUUUUAACUAAUCUGGUGCAAGCAUUCAGUACCAAGACAUAGCUUUAUCAGUUGGCUUAUUGUUAAGAACAGGAUCACUACAUUAACACAACUCAAAUCCUGGAGGAGGAUUAGCUAUGAUACUUGUUUACUGUGUUCUGCAGAUCAAGAAAACAGAGAUAAUAUUUUCUUCCAUUUCUCCUACUCGACAACUGUGUUGAAAUGAAGCUUGCAAAUGAUUCUAGUAUGCUGUCCAAGUUUCCCCAGAUUCGAAAAUUACCUAUCAUGGGCUUUACAACAAUUUAAGGGGAACAAGCAGGCUGCAAAAGUGGGGAGGCUUGUUAGGAAUGUGGCUAUCAGUCUGCUAUGGCGUGAAAGGUGCUCAAGAGCUCAUGUAGGAAAAACGAAGAGUAGCAGCGAAAUUGUUCAUUCAGUUUGUAGAUUGAUUGAGCUAGCCAGGCUAGGAAAUGCAGUACUUGAUAUUGAACGUAGAAAAGUAUUCUUGUAAAUAUUGUAGUAGUUGAUAUAGUAGUAGUGGUUUAAAGGUUGGUUCUGGUUUCGCAGCAUUUCUGCAGAUGUAGACAGGUAAAAAUUCAGAUGCUGUUCAUUGAUUUGGAAUGCAUGACGACUAAUAUUUUUUUUUUUAUAUUGCCCAUAAAAAAAAAGAUUUGUUGAGAGUCUGUUUCUGAUUGAAAUUCCUUCGGUGGAAUUUGUAGAUAUUUGAGCGUUUAAUAAGCUGAUCUAUCAUCAACUACAGAGCGAGGUGUCGGUUCAACCAUCCCCAUGAUCCAGGUGUGGUAAGCUUUGCCAAUGGUUGCUUGAGACACAACGGCCUGUUGUUUCUCGUCCAAUCAGUUUCUAUCUUGCUGUUUACUCAAUUUAGGAUUGGGCAAUGAUGAUGUUUGGUUGCCUAGCUGAGUUAAUACAAAACGUGAUCUCUUUCUUUGUAGUUGUCAAGGUGUUUUGGAUUUGACAUUUGUUUGUGAAUUGACUAUCUACACAGAGCUGCUAUAGCUGGUAGAGUGAUUUCCCUGAACAAGUGUGCCACGUAACCCAUGUUGGCUCUUCUUCCUAAGUUGGAUGGUAAUGGAGGAGGUACUAAAUUCUUAUAGUUCAGUAUCUUUAGGAAUGAACUGAGGAUAUUUGGUGCUUCUGUUGGUUAUAUCCUAUAUGUUUCCAGUUUGAUGUGUUAUAGAAAUGAUAAGUUCUAAUAGUCCCUAAACCUUUGUUGUACUAUAUGAGGAUCUAGAGUUGUAAAAUUCAUUUUUCUUGCAAAUAUCACCAUCGGAAGCAGGGAACUGGUAAGUUGCGACUCUAUAUAUAAUGGCUACCUUCCAAUCUGUACAUCUUUACUGUGAUUGCGUAAUCACUGUUGAGUCAAAUACGUUGAAUAAGAAUCACUUUCACACAGUCUCUCCAUGAUCUAGCUUGAGGAGCAGUUGCAAGCUAUUGGAAGGUGAAACGUAGAGCACUUAAGCUGAACAUUGUUCUUUUAAUUUGAAGAAGUGAGGAGUAUUGCCAUAUGCUUGAUAGGUCGAACCAGACUGCUUUUCAAAAAGCUUUCUCACUAGAGUCAACUAUGUUUUAUACAUGUGAGCUUCCUUUCCACUUUGGUAGUGCUACUUAUUCUCUAACGAGAAGCUAGAAUGGUUUCAUAUGAAUCGAUAACAUGAAGUUCCAAUUGUAAUUAGUAGGCUGCAUAAACUAAUAAUUUUGGGUUACUGUAGAGGAAUGCCAAAAACUAAGGCUGCCUGUUUUUUGAUAACUGACGAACUGAAAAUUUGUAGAAUCUAGUGUCCAUGUCUUGGAUUAAUAAUCAUGUUAUGUGUCUUUCUUAUAAAAUUAGUUGUACUGUAGCUAGAUUGGUCUUCAAAUAUCUUGUAAAGCUCCAUGCGUUGUCAGAGGAUGGCUAAUGAUGGUGAGUUUACGUCUGCCGUAGUGUGGUUCACAUUCAUUUGCCUAGUCUAGUCUUAAGCGCUCCUGUUUGAUUAGCAGGGAUGAAUUUCACAUACAAGCUCAGAGGUUAUAGGGGGGAGACAUGUUGGUCAUGAUUGUGACUAGUCCACCACUUGGAUACUACCUAGAACAAGCGUCUUCUCAUGGAUUGUUCGUCAAGAAGCCUCUUGAAAUAAGGCUCAAAGGGUAUGGGCUUUGUCAUAUACUCUUCUUCUUCUCAGGCACAUUACUUGUACAUAUUUUUUAAUCAUACUUGUUCAGAUUAUUCACUUGACAUUUUUUGUGUAGUGAAUCAUCACUCUUGUAUCCUUCAAAAUUUCCCUAUCUAUUUAUACCGGAGUGAUGCAAUAAGAAAGAGUCUAGUCAAUGAUAGAGUAUUAGUAGCUGAAAUAUUUAACAGCUAUGGAGAAUGUUUCUUCAGAGUGUAAGGAUCACUUGUUCCAUCUAUAAAAGCGGUUAAAAAUAGUUGUAGUUAUAUCCUGUUCGGGGGUUUAUUCCCUGAAUGUUGAUUGCAUAUAAGAUAACAAAAAUCGAUUGCAUAUUUUCCUAUUGUCCCCAUACUAAAGAUUCAUAUUGAAUAACUUGUGUCUUCCAUCAGGUUGUCCCCAUUCCCUUUCGAAGUUGUGUUUGGUUACUCAGGUUGCGCAUCCUUAACAUAUCUGAUUAUGUUGGUUAGGUUGGUCUCAGUUUUCUCCAUUGGUUAUUAGUUUUUGAAAUUAGACGAUUUUAAUGGCUUAAUGCUUAAGUUAGAAGCAUCCUUAACAUAAAGUUGUUUACCUGAUAUUCUAAAUGAUUCUCAGGUGACCAUUUGACAAAUACAUGGUCUCGGUUUGGUGCAUUCCUUUUUUAGCUGGUUGCAUUUGAGAAAAAAACGUGAUCUUCAAUAUAUGUUCUAAUAUCCAACCGCUAUAUCUCAUGCUUAUAUAUGUGAUGAUAGAUAUUAUCAUCUUUCACAUGUUGGUUCUUUCUCGAUGUUCAUUAAAGUCUGGACUAGUCCUCAGUCCAAAUGGUAUUAGCCUAAUAAUGUUGAAAUUACCAGGGCAAUGACAAGUACUUGCUAAGGCCGCCAAGAAGAUGCACAAGAAGGUGGAAAGGUUUCCCAGGCAUAGGAGGUAAGAUUUUUGAAAAGAGACAGAGUCGCAUGUUCAUUUAGGUUAUUUAACUACCAUGAUAUAUCGAUUAGAAAAAAAAAAAAAAUUUGUGACCAUUUUAAUUCUUGGUUAAAAUUGAUUGGCUGUGAUUUGUGAAUGAAAUAGAUAGUUUAUGUAUUGAACAUUUAAUAACUAUUAAAAAUUGGUUACAUUGUGUUUCUAGGAACCAAAAUGGUCACAUUUGGAACACAUGAUUACCAUAAAUUUUGGUUGUGUUUAAGGAUCCGUAACCAAUAUUUGUGGUUACUUUAAAAUUAUGAAUUUAUUGUAGUCUGAUAUUCAUGAUAAAAUUUAUUGGUUUCAAAAUUUUGAUUUUAUGACAUUAUCAAUUGGUUGGUAAAAGGCAAAUAAAAUAGUUGCUUUUUGGUAUUUGUGACCAAUAACAUACUAUACCGUGACUAUUUAGCAUAUUUUAUAUGUCCACUUAUCUUGGUCUAAAAUUUUUUAUUGUGUGAUCGCCAAAUCAUCUUCUAUUUUGAGUUUUGUUCUUAACGCGGCUAAUAUAACCAAAGGUGCAACCAAAAGAUUUUGGUAAGGAAAUAGUAUUCUGAACCAAAAUUUGAUAAUCUAUGACCAAUGUCGGCAGUCACAAAAAGCUAUUAAUUAAUGUUGAAGUGCAUAUUUACAUACCACAGCAUGAGGCUAUAGUUGAUGAAGUUCGAGAUGUGUAUAAGAAACCGCACGUAAGCUGUGGUAAAAAAAAAAAAAAAUUGAUUAGUGUGCAAUACACAUUUAAUCAAUGUAGUUCAGUCUUAACUACUUACAAAGUGUCAUAAAUUAUCCCCAGGGCCGUGAGUGCCACUCCCAUAUAGUACGUGGCGAAGAGGGCAUUGACAAUUGCAUCGUGAUAAUUAACCUGCUUCCUGUAAUUAGCGAGCCAGAAAAUUUUCUCUUAAGCACAUAAUAAUUCAUUAAAGCGUGAAGUUAGGGGAAAAUAGAAGCACACUCUAAUUAAAUUGCUGAGCUAAGUAUACUGUAAAGAGCUCCCUUUACUACCCUAAUACUGUACAAGCUGACAUACUUGGCAAUAAAUAAAGAGCUAUAUCCUUGUAUUUUUAUCAAACAUAUUCCUCUACUUUCAAUCAAAUCAAUCCUACCCUUGUACUAUUAAAUACAGCUCAAACCUGCCCUCUUCUGUUUGUUUUUCCAUCCCAGAACCGUCAAAUCCGGUUCAACCAAACUCCGAUCAUUUUUGGUGUCAUGGAAAUGAGCGCUAAAAGACUUGGUUACCCCUUUAGUUCUAACUCAUCGUCCCCCAAUUCUCCAUCUUUCAAAUAAUCCCCAUUUUUUCGAGAACCUCUAUCACUACAAAAGUAUUUUUCUAUUCAAUUUGUCUUAUUCUCCAGGUGAAACCAUUAAAGCAUUGUUUUGCUGCUGGUGGAUGCUCUUAAUUAAUUACCUUGUAUUUUUAGAAGUGGGUGUUCGAAAUAUAUAUAUAUAUAUUAAUUGGAGGAUUUUCUGGCGACGAAGAGUUAUAAUUAACUAAGGAUUAAUUAACAAAGUCUUUUAGCUCUCAUUUCCAUGACAUCAUAAUGACACGAAAUUUGGUUGAACCGGAUGUGAUGGUUAUGGGACGGAGUGUGGAAGGAUAUCAUAGGAUUGAUGUGAUUCAAAAUAGAGAGACAUAAUAUACAUAUAACUUAUAAAUAAAUUAGUAUAGGGGCAAGUACUUAAUUACCCCAAAACUAAACAUAAGACAUAAAACGUAACUUAUUGUAAAACUUGCAGAUGGAUGUCGUCAUUGCAAGUUCAGAAGAGUAUAUACAUAUCAACGGAUUCUAAAAUGUCAAUAAGGACGAAGAAGCUAGCCUCACGGGAAGAAAAAAAAUUAAUCGAUAGAUGGUGAACCUGGGUUGAGAAAACGUACGGGUCGGCGAGAAGGGUCGUCAAAGGGGUUUGUCUGGCCGGUCAGUAUUAUCGCCGCCGCAGGUAUACCACUUUCCUUGUUGUCUGCCGUCGCCGUUUGUUCGCCGGCCGGCAACUCUUCUUCUUCUUCUUUCCUCUCUGGGCUCUGGCUACUUGAUUUGUUUUUCGCUCCUUUUCGUUUCUCUGCUUCUGGUAGGAGGAGAGAUGUGAAGGUGAAGAGAGGGAAAUGCAGUUUGUUUGAAGAUGGUAGCUGUGGCGUGGUGGAACGAGAAACUAUGAGUGUAGUAUUGCAGACUUGCAGGUGGUGGUAAUGAUGAUACACUAGAAUAGAGUCGCUAGCCUUGUCAUAUUGGGUUUGUUUGUAUGAAUGGAAAUGGUCAUAGCCUCAUAGCAGAGACAGAGACAGAGAGAGUGAGAGAGCGAGAGAGUAUAAUUACGAGCUUGGAGGAGGGCGUCUUGUUUCCAAGUUUGGACGUGUAAACCUUAAUUGCAUGCAUGCCAUUUUGGGAGCCAGCUAGCUGGACAUUUAUAUAUUAUACAUAAUUUAAUAAUAAAAUGGCUUGGAUAGUCAUCAUUUCAGAUUAUUAUUAUUAUUAUUAUUAUUUUUUUUGCAAAAAAGUAAUGGCCCGGGAAAGAACUAAGAAGAUUGUCAAAUGCCAAUGCAAGCUAAGUUCAAAUUUUCAUGACUUAACCAUCUGUUGUCCAAUUUGGUUAGUGGUUAGUUUGAUGAUGAACCAUUAACCUCCGCUUGUGUACUUUUGAACUACUAUUAAACCAUAUUUUGUGAACGAUUGGAACAUAGGCUAAAUGGAUGCUCUAUUGGGCUAUUUUCAGUUUUUGCUUGGAUGAUUUGUUGUUCGGCCAUAGUUGUCAUGUCGGUGGCAUAUUGGCUAGUUGAAUCUGGUUAAAUUGGAGUCGGUCAGGAGACCGGCGUGAACAACACUGGUAUGACGGGCAUGAUAGAUUUACGACCUCUAAGUAAAGGGACGUCGUUUUAGUCACUACGGGAAAAGAGAGUUUUGCCAACACUAUGUUUGCAACACUAUAUUCAAGGUGUUGCUGAAAAUUAACAAUGACAACACUUUGUUUAAAUGUUACUUCAAAAAUAUAUUUUAUGCAACAUAAAUAGAUAAUCACUUGAAUUAUGUCGCAUUUGCUUGAGCAUACACGACAUUUAUAUUCCAUAUUAUAUCGUGUUGCCUAUUUAUGCAUUUUAGGCAACAUUGUAACAAAUAAUGUUAGAAAAAGCUAACAUUUGAUAAUUAAAUGACAGAUCACAUGACCGAGGGGAACGACUACGGUGCUAAUUGUACAAUAGUUAGCACCGUCCUAACCAAGGGAAAAACUACUACUAGUUUGAAUUAGUAGUGAUUUAGCUUAGAUGUUGUAUUGAUUUCAUAAUAAUCCGUAGUGAUUUUUGCUAGUUAUCACGGUGCUAACCCCUAUAAGGGUUAGCACCUAAUCCCAUCCCCAUGACCGAGACAAGAUAUGGCGGCGCUAACACCAUUUUGUAUUAGCACCCUACUAACACUUUUAAUAAGGGUAUUAUAUAGUACUAGCUUAUUACCCGGCCCGUUGGCCGGAUUACUGUAUGUUUCCCACUUGUGGAAUGGGAGAGAAAGCAAGUGAGAGUGAAGGGAUUACUGUAUGUUUCCUCCAAUCAUCUUUAGUGCAAUUUAGAAGCAAGUCCUCAUGUUUGUGUCAAACGGUAACAUUCAUGGGUUCUUAACUCCCCUGUUAGUGUAAAUGUAGCAGCAACAAAGAAGUUUGACAACACAACAAGCACCCAGGCAAAAUGAUACAAUGCAAUAGGUGAUAUGUGUCUCGAAGGUUUUGAGUUACUAAAGUUCAUGUUAAAAAUAAACAUGAAUUAAAAUGGAUUAUUCUAUUAAGAAAACAUCCCCUCUAAUCAUACAAAGAUCAGAUAUCCAAUUCACAAACAAUUAAGCCAUAAAAAAUCAUCACACAUCCACCACCUUUGAUUGCCUAAAUUUGGUUUUUCGCAAAGUUAUGGACUCUUAAGUAAACGUUCAUGGGUAGUCUAUUUCAUAACUCUAGAGAGCACAGUAAGCAGCCACCAGCCAGACACAGUGCGGUAGGCGAAUAUGAUUCUCAAUUCACAAUUUCUCACCACCGGAAGUAAGAAUAGACCAUAAUAAGCGUAGCGUUCAUGGAUGGUCUGUUUCAUAGCACUACUACACAAUUUGUUAAAAAGGAAAGAAAGUUAUUUAGCAUCACGACGGAAAAACUUUUACAGGCCAACAACGACAACAUGCUGCAACCACCAGAACUGGUAUCACAACUCAUAGGGAAAAUCAAAAGAUUUACUCUCAAAUUAAGUAGUUACAACAUCGAGAAAUCGUCAAGCACAUACACCAUCACAAAAGUCAUGGAACCUGAUUCGCAAAGCAUUCAAACAUUUGAGGACAUUUCUGCAAAGGUACAACUUAUAUGUCUUUUUUCCAAGCCAUUUCCAUCAACAUGCUAAUAAAUUUGCAAUGCAUAAAACAAACGGGCAAAAAUCCUAAUUAUUCUUUAAUUUUAAACUUUCUAUUUGAAAAUAAAAAAUAGUGAAAGAAAAGAGAUGACUGCAAUUCGCCAUUUGCACAUCACUUAUUCGGGAAUAAAACCAUAGAAAUUCAAAAGGAACUGAAAAUGUUUAGGAUCGUUUUAAUGUUUAAAAUAACCAAAUAGAUCUUUCAGUUUAGUUUUUUACUAACAAAUAUCAAACGAUUCCCUAUAAAAUACACUAUAAUUUGAUCAUUAUGAUAUCAAAUAAUUAUAUAAUAUAUAUUUGAAAUGAUAAAAAUUGGACUAAUUGGGUUGGUCGAGGUUGAACCAUUGAAUAACUUUAAAAUACAUUAUAUUUUAGCCACUAAGAUAUAAAAUAAUAGCAUAAUAUAUAUUAUGCCAGAGAAAAUAGCUUGUUUUAGAAUGACAAACCAAUUAUGUUCAUUUGUUUUACUUGAUGGCCAAAUCCCGUGUAGGUCAGACCCAUUCAACUCUUUUAUUUUAUGGUUAGCGGUUAGCCAUUAGAUACCAUUCAUUAGUUUAUUGUUAAAUUUUUUAUUUUUAACAAUAAAAGGAGUAUUAUUUUUGCCUUUUCAUAUAUAAUUUAUCACCACGGAGAAAUAAAAGGGAUUAAAGAAAAAAAUUGACACUCUUUGACCCGUUUAAAUCCGCAUGUGUACGGUAAGUUGGCCCGCUCCAUAGAGGAAAGAGAAAAAAAUUGACACUCCCUAUUCUACCCUUCCUACAAACGCUCCUGGAGCAGGGAAUUUGAAAUGGGGGAAGAGUUUUUUCCUCUCUGCUAUUAUAUGUUUUUAAUUUAGAAAGAUACAACAAAUCUACUUAGUGUGAUUGGUUAUGAUCCUUGCUUUUCUAUAAAAUGGUCAUGGUUCGAAUCCUAGUACAUGUCUUUUUAAUGAAUAAAAAAAAGUUAUUGUGAAGACCAAAAUGUCCUUCCUACUUUCACUCUCGUUGCAGGAAAUUUGAAAUGGGGAAGCUGUUUUCCCCUUCGGUGUAUUAUAAGUAUAAGUUGAAAUAGCUUGUUUUAGAAUGACAAACCAAUUAUGUUCAUUUGUUUUACUUGAUGGCCAAAUCCCGUGUAGGUCAGACCCAUUCAACUCUUUUAUUUUAUGGUUAGCGGUUAGCCAUUAGAUACCAUUCAUUAGUUUAUUGUUAAAUUUUUUAUUUUUAACAAUAAAAGGAGUAUUAUUUUUGCCUUUUCAUAUAUAAUUUAUCACCACGGAGAAAUAAAAGGGAUUAAAGAAAAAAAUUGACACUCUUUGACCCGUUUAAAUCCGCAUGUGUACGGUAAGUUGGCCCGCUCCACAGAGGAAAGAGAAAAAAAUUGACACUCCCUAUUCUACCCUUCCUACAAACGCUCCUGGAGCAGGGAAUUUGAAAUGGGGGAAGAGUUUUUUCCUCUCUGCUAUUAUAUGUUUUUAAUUUAGAAAGAUACAACAAAUCUACUUAGUGUGAUUGGUUAUGAUCCUUGCUUUUCUAUAAAAUGGUCAUGGUUCGAAUCCUAGUACAUGUCUUUUUAAUGAAUAAAAAAAAGUUAUUGUGAAGACCAAAAUGUCCUUCCUACUUUCACUCUCGUUGCAGGAAAUUUGAAAUAGGGAAGCUGUUUUCCCCUUCGGUGUAUUAUAAGUAUAAGUUGAUUGAUUGAUUGACUACAAUACUCCCUCCUUCCAUUUAAUGCACAAGAUGCGUUGAUCUCCUCCCCUUCUCAAUUUUUCUAAAGACUAGCUUGCCUUCCUGCCCUUUCUCUUCAUUAAUUUUGUACUCAAUUAAAUGAAAAAGUUAUUGAAACGAAAUGUUCAUAUUGACUAGAGGAAGUCUUAGCUAAAAAAAAAAAAAGUACUAACGUUCUAGCAAGUCCAUACUCAUUUUCCUAACAGUUUAAUAUCAGCCAUUUCUUUUUCUUUCCACAAAAUUAAUAUAUUAUUUAUACUAUUUUUCAGAGCAAAUAUUUGAAAAUAAAAUAUCUUUUAGGUUAUUGUAUUCAUAAUAUCAUUACACAAGCAAUUAAUAAAACUAACCAUUUAAGCUUAGUAUAAGAAAAAAUAUAUUUAUUAAUUUUUAAUUAAUAAUUAAAAUGACAUUAACCUUCUAAAAAACAAAAUAUUUUGACUCGUACAAUUCCCUGAUGAAUUUAGGAACACGUUACAUUUUUUUAAAAAAUGUAGGCUUCCUUCUCUAUAAAAUACUUAAGAGUCAUAAGUCAUGCUCUUUCAUUUUAUAUGAACAAAAUCCACUUUUUGCCACUAUAAAAAAAAUCUUAUCUUGAUAUUCAUAGAAAGUUACUUUAAUUACCACCCUUCCACAUACAAAUUCAAAUCUUCUACGGUUAAAAAUUACUUUAAUUAUUACUUUAAUAAUAACUUGUAUAUGUGAAUUAAUUCAUAAGUUUACUUAUUACUUAUUAGAAUUUAGAAGGUGUUGUACUUCUUUACCCAAAAUAUUUUAAACUUAAUAGCAUGGUCGAUGAAACCGUACCGGAGACCGUACCAGAAAAGUCAGCGAUAGGGUAUUUUAUGGCAAAACUGUGGUUUAACCGUAGUUCAACCGUUAGUACCGUUAAAUACCGCCUAUCGGUUUAGCCUCCGAUACUGGUAUUUUGUGGUUGAACCGUCGGUACCGUACGGUUUAAUGGACGCUGGUGUUUGUGCAAGACCGAAAAGAAUCAUUACCAACGACGAAAUUUUGGGUUCAUACGGCGACGAUCUCUGGUGUGAGUGGCUCUGACUAACAGGGCUAGGUGAAAAGGUAAGCUAGCGAUUCCAUAGCGUAGAGGCAACGUACACGAUGAACCUCUCACAAUCAUCUUCCUCCAUCUCUCCUUUUUUCUGAUAACUUGUUGUUCAUUAUAUUAAUCCAUGAUAUAUGCAUGGUAGCAAUCAUGUGCCAUCUCUCAUUGAAUGGGAACUAGAAGACAACCGCACUUUGUAGCGCGGCUAGAGUCCCAUAUGGGAAAAAGAAUAGCCCGUAGCUCGUAAGGAUUAAUAUAUCGUACUAGAGGUUGUACUGAAAAGUCAGCAGUAGGGCAUUUUAUAUUAAAACUGUUGUUUAAUGGUGGUUCAACCUCUUCAUACUGCUAAAUACCGUCUACAGAUUUAGCCUCCGGUAAGAGGUUUUCUGGUUCAACUGGCGAUACGAUAUGGUAUUUCAAUCCUUGGGAAUUAGUAUAAAAUUAAAGAGCUAUAGAUACAGAGCCGAUAGGGUACAAAACUUCAGCUUGUAAAACCCUACAAAACCGGGUUGUAUCAUCGUAUCACGAUUCACGACAUGGUACUACAAUGAUACGCCGUUGAUAAUCGUAUCACCAAAUCGUGAUACGAUGAUACGACAGAGUUUUGCAGACAGAGUUUUUACCGGAACCAAAGCCUUGUACAUAAAUUCACGAUAAUAUAUGACAAUUAGUCAAUAACAAUAUUGUUUCCUUUUCCUCCCUACUACAUAUACAUUUUGCUUUAUCUCGUAAUAUUCUCCAAGCCAUAGAUUCUUUAUCAGCCUCUCUGUCUCUUUAUCAAGAUUGUCAACCUGUGUGUUGACCACGAGUUGACCCGACUCGUUGAGGAAAGUGGGCACCAUACACCCACCGGGUCGACCCGCAUCAAUGUUUCUGGGUUGGAGGUCACACGACAUCAUUUUUCUCUUUGGUUUUUGAAUCGCGCCACUUCUCCAAUUUUUCUCUUCACCUAACCCUACUUUUCAAAUUUUAAAUUUUAAAUUUUAAAUUUAACAUUUGAAUUUUAAUAUUAGUAUUAUAUGUGAGACACAAUAACAAAAGCUUAUCAACCCAAACAAUAAGAGAAACUUAUCGGAUUUAACAGGAAAAAAGAGAAACUUAUCAACCCAAACAAAUUGAAUUAGUGAAAUGACCAUAACAAAACAACUCGUGUGUUGACCCGCGAGUUGACCAGAUUCGGUGAGGAAAGCAGGCGCCACACAUCUACUGGGUCGACUCGCAUCAAAGUUCCUGGGUUGGAGGUUACACGACAUUAUUUUUUCUUUGGUUUUUGAAAUGUGCCACUUUUCCAAAUUUUCUCUUCACCUAACCCUACUUUAAAAUUUUAAAUUGAACAUUUGAAUUUGAAUAUUAGUAUUAUAUGUGAGAUCCAAUAAGAAAAGCUUAUCAACCCAAGCAAUAAGAGAAACUUAUCAAAUUCAAGGGGAAAAAAGAGAAGCUUAUCAACCCGAACAAAUUGAAUUAGUGAAAUGACCAUAUUAUCAACCCAAACAAAUUCAAUUAGUGAAAUGACCAUAAUAAAAUAAUAUUUUCCUUAGUGAACAGUAAUGAGGAUUGAGCUUUAUAUAUAGUAACUAGAAUUGUUGCCGUGCUUUGCUGCGGCUAGGAGUCUAAACUUCAGCCCGACGACUCCGCUUAUAGGUAGUUGGAUUGAAAAAUAAUUAUCUUGUGGUUUAUUUGCCGUUGAUUUUGUCUUUUUUCUAAUACUUAAUUUUGUAUGAAAUCUGUUAAAAUAUAAUUAAAAAUAUUUACUUCCAUAAACUAAAUGUGUAUGAGUUAGGUAUGGAUACCCAUUUAUUCGAGAGUGUUUUAAAUAUACAUACAAAAAUUAGACCUAUUUGUAGAGCUUCAAAAGUUUAGGUACCAAAAUGUAAUACACAAAACAUUAGGUACUAAAAUAUAAUAUUUCAUCAAUAUUUGAGGACUUAUAUGCCAAAUAAAUAAAUUUAGGUUAUAAAUCUAAAGAUCUAUUGAGUUUUGGUACAAAACUAUAAUUUGCAUAGUUGAGGCUUAAUUCCUUUUAUGGUGAUGUAUUUAAGAUGAUAAUUAUUUACUUUUCUAUAGAAAAAUGGAAACUAUUUAUUUGAUAUGUGUAGAUACUUAACCAAGCAUUCCAUGUAUAAUUGUUGAAAAUUAUAGCCCGGGUGAAAAAGAAAAACUCUAGAGCGAAGCAAAAGGAAUACAAACUGGAACUCGCUUAAAAUUUCACGCCUUCAAAUCUCAUAGUAGAAAAUGAUGACUUUCUAAUAAGUAAUAACCAAAUAUAUUGAUGUUUAAUUGGACUCAACAUUGAGUUGAAAAAGUUAGUGGUUCAUGGUUCAAUUAUUAGUCCUCUAGACUGUUGGUGAGUCGUGUAUGGACCUGUUCAUACUUGCGAUUAAAAUACAUAAAAAGUAGUAUACUAAACAGGGUUAAAUGAAGACGACAAAGAAAGAAAUAAAGAAAGGGUUAUGGAAGGCAAGUGAAAAAUGAAACGAAGAGAAAGUAAAUGAUGGAAAUGUUUUGACCAAUUCUUUUGGUUGGUCGUUAAUACAACAGUUAACCAUUUUCACCGUAGCAAUUUAUUGACACUUGCAUAUGUAGAUAUAACAUAUUUUGUUAUAUGUAGUUAGUAGAAGUUUGUUUAGUACCCCGUAAAUGUACUAAAUGAGUUUACAAAUUCGCUCUUGCAAUAUUUUAGAGUUGUCUCUCUUUUAUCAUUUAUUCAAUGUUUCACGGAAUGAGCAAAUAUAAAAUAGUCGAAUCUUCUCGUAAAAUGUAGAUACCUUGGUAUAAUUGUUCAAUGAUUUUACAUUAAAAUUAAAUUUGGGGUAUCAAAAUGUAAAAUGUAUAAAGUGACUAAAGUAGCAAUUUUUUACGCAACAAUAACUCUACUUCAAAUUUAUAUAUAGUAAACUUUUAAAAUUGUAGUUACGGAAAUCUCAUAAAAUUUAGAUACCAAAAAAUAAUUAGAUCUCCCCAACACACUGAAUGAUGAACUUUGCGCCUUCAGCAGAGUCAAGCCAAGCCGGAGUGUUAUUCCUUGAAAUAACUCAAAUUUCAAAUCAUUCACUUGCUUUAACUACUUAUGCUAUGGACGUGGGAGCAUCAACUCCGUUCCUGUGGGCUUUUGAAGAGCAGGAGAAAUUAUUGGAAUUCUAUGAAAUGAUUUUACAAUAAAAUUAAAGUUGAGGUAUCAAAAUGUAAAAUGUAUAAAGUGACUAAAAUAGGAAAUUUUUACGCAACAGUAACCCUACUUCAAAUUUAUAUAUAGUAAUAAUUUCUUAUACUUAAUUUUGUCAAUGGGCAGGUACAUAUAUUUGUUUUCACGACGUCAAAUACUCCUUAACACACCAUUGUUCUUGUAGAUUCAAUAUAAGUGAUGAUGCUAAUCUUUCUUGUUUUUCAUUAUUUUUGAUCGGCUAAUUAUUUAUGAUAUUCUUUGCUUUGGUGCCAUGCUAGAUGCAAUCAAAUCCAAGCCUCAAUGAAAGUAGCAGUUACACGAUGGAAGAGGUGAUCAAGCAAAGGCUUUUUCAGGAUUGAUGAAUGUUAUUAUAUAGGGGUUCUUAUUUAUUUUAAGAUUCAUUGUAAAAUGUAAUUUUCAGAUGUAAUCGUGAUAACUUAUCUCGUCGUUGAUGUACUUUUCUAUGGGAACAAUUUUUGUAACUAAAAGACUUACACAUGACAAUUUUGUUGUCACAAAUAAUAUGUAUUUGUAAUCAUUCAAAUCCUCACUAUUGUUGUCCAUGAUGAUAUUUGAAUAAAACAACUUGUGUGACAUAUUAGUUUUCGGACCAUCACAAAUAUUAUCAUACAUGACAAAAAUAUGUCACAAAAAUAUUCUUUCAUGAGAAAAAAAUACUAUAAUAAAAUCAUUUGUGAUAUACUUUUGUCACAAAAACCUGAAUUUGUGACAAUAGUACCAUCACAAAACCUCAUUAUGCCACAUAAGUUUAAAUGCUAAAUGUUGAUGUUAUUGAUAUUAAAUGUUUAGAUAUUAAUGUAAAUUUCGUAUUUAAAUAUGAGUAUUUGUUAUUCUAUUUGGAAGAUUAUUUUUUAUUUAAAUAUGAAUUGUAAGUAAGUAAAUUGUACGUCUUCGAAUAUGGUUUAUAUAAUUAAAUUCAUUUGAUGUUGAUGAUUUUUCACAUUUCUACAUAUUUUUUUUUAAACUCGCAUGAACCGGCUGAAUGUAUCACUAGUCGAGCUAUUCCAAUUACUAAACAGGUACGAUGGUUCGACCCUCGCAACUUUACAUUUUUUUUUAAUCUUGUGCUAAUAAUAUCUGCUCUUUCUUCCGUGGCUAUUUUGUUUAAUAUAUAUAUAUAUGGUGUAUUCGGUGCACUCACUUUUUUGGGUGCAUUCAUAAUUAUUAUUCUAAGCAAAUGAUUCAUGUAAAAACGAUGGUAAUCGUCACGUAUGAUAUGAUGGACAAGAAAAUACAUGAAUUUGUACAAAAAUCAUUCAAGAUUUACUUUAAUUUCAAUGAUUUAGGGUUUAGGGAUUUAGGGUUAGGGUUUAGGUUUACAAUUUGGGGUUUUAGGUUGGGAUUCAAAAUUGAAGGUCAAGAGAUUAGGAAAAUGGAUUGAUUAGUUAUAAUCUAUGUUAUAUUAUCGUAUUGCACUAAUUCUACCAAUUAGAGUUCAAAUUUUGAUGUACUAUGACCAUUUUUAAAAUUGAGUGAAGUGAAUGCACUCACUGCACUCAAAAAAAUGAGUGCUACCUAUAUAUAUACUCUUUAACACUUAAAUACAUCCACAACGCAACACUUAGUGAAAAAUCAAUUUUAAUACUUAAU